UCGGGACCAUGUCUGCGCCGCCCGCGCUGCAGAUCCGGGAGGCGAACGCGCACCUGGCGGCCGUGCACCGGCGCGCGGCGGAGCUGGAGACACGGCUGCUGGCGGCGGAGCGCACGCUCCGCGCGCAGGCCGAGCGCCUGGCUCGCCACGACCAGCAGCUGCGCGCCGCCCUGGACGAGCUGGGCCGCGUCAAGGACCGGGAGAUUUCCGCCCUCCAGGAGCAGCUGCUGAGCUCGGAGGCCACUGUCCGCAGUCUGCAGGCUGCAGUGGAGCAGAGGGACCAGUUGAUCCAGCAGCUGCAGCCCCAGGCUGACCUGCUGCAGGACAUCGCUCGCCGUCGACCGCCCCUGUCUGCGCUGCUGGCCGCCCUGGAGGAGGCUGAGCGACUGGUCCCCUCGCCAGCCAGCAGCCAGGGCCAGCUGCUUCCCGAUGGGCCCGGCCCACCCCUGGGCAACAGCACUGGGGAGGGCCAGGAUGACCUGCAGCCUGCCGUGUUUGGGACCACAGUGUGAGCUGCCCUAGCGGAUCAGAUCUCAGAAUGUGUGGCCAAGGCCCAGAGCCCCAAAUGUCACCAGUGUCCCUGAAGGGUCCUGGGAUAUUAUUGGGAUCUCAUAAACAUCAGAACAAGUGAAAAGCCAAGAUCCCAUUUAAAACAGUUCCACCUCCCUCCCCCAGCGCUUGGGGCAUCUGCUACAUUCAGUUGAUUUUAAAUAAUUUCAAAAGUAAACAAAGGCUGAGGCAGUGGCUCAGUGGUGGAGGCCCGCCCAGCAUGCAGACAUGCUGGCAAACUGACAGAGGGAUAGGACACCCGCCAUCCCAGCACCAGUGAAAUAACAGCAGCUUGACUCCGAAGCUGCGCUGCUUCCUGUUGGAGACAGGGUUCCACAUAGCCCAGGCUGGCCUCUAACUUGCUGAGGGUGACCUUGAACCCUGCUGGGAUGACAGGCACCCAACCGGGCACCCAACGCCAGGACCUAUCUUGUUUUUUUUGCUGUGAGAUGGGGUCUCCCUCCACAGCCCAGACUUCUCUGGAAUCCAGAGUCCUCCCAAGUGCUUUGAAUACAAGUGUAAGUCACAUGCCCAGGUGACAUGAGUCCUGACCCAUCACCACUCAUCCUGAGGCAGAAUCUCCUCUUUAUUUCGUGCUCUGUUGCUUCUGUGGAGGAAGACAAAUCAUGAAUCCAGGAUCCAUUCCCUCUCACACCACAGUUCAAGCCUCAGCCUUUCCCCAUGACACUCAGGUUCCUCUCCAAUGUCCCCUUUCAGAGGGGCCUUCUGAUCAGCGUCCCUGUAAUUACUACAGCCUGGUUGCUGCCCUCCACUGUGAUUGCUUCUUUUGUUUUUUUAAGGCAGUUUUGUGUAGCCCAGGCUGGCCUCUGCCCUUUUAUGUAGUCGGGGCUGCCUUUGAACUUGUCUUCAUCAGUGCCUGCCACAGCUGAUGAGGCCCCCCAACAGCCAGGAGCCUCCGGGACAUCUGAUGAGCCCUUGCCCUGUUCCCAGGGACAAUGGUGUUUUUGUAGCAAGUCUUUUGAUACCCUGAGAGGAUCUAUUUUGUAACUCUGGUUUUGGUGCUGUCCCGGGCCUGCGAUGGUGAGGGUGUAUUGUCUUCGUCAGAGCAGCAGAAGAGUCCUCACACGCCCCUGCAGCCAGCGUGCAACCAGCGCUUGGUCUGUUGAGUUUCAUGGCCCCCGUGCUCAGGGAAUUGUCCUGGAGCAGCCACCAAGUGUGUGUGUGGAGGGGGGUUGGGGGGGAGAUAGGGGCUGCUCCAUCUAGCUGGUCUCUGAAUCCUGCAUGGUGCUGACCCUCAGUAGAGGAAACAGAGAGAAGGGAGUUGUUUGUACAGGGGAGAUGCACCAGAAUAA